AUGGCUGUGCCACUCUGGCAGCGCUUGGAUGCAGGCAUCAAUGUCCGAGGGGGCGACGUCUUCCACUACGACUUCCGACAAGAUGGUACGUUCACCCUCACUGAGGCUGCCUUGGAGGUCACACUUCUCCUCGCGGCAACGGCCGGGUGCAACUUGGUCGUGGUCGAGACCUACUGUGGGUGGCAGCGCCCCGAGCAUAUGACAUGCCGAAUUUGGUUCAAGCAGGUCAGCGAUGUCCGCAACUACAUUCGCAACCACCCCGACGUGGACUUUGGCCAGCGUCAGGGGUACCUUACGUGCUUUCUGAGCGACUGA